AUGUACGCAAUUCUCACAUUGAAACAUCAAAAACAUUGUCAAGACAUUACAGGAUUCCUAAUAGACUGUCAUCAUAUUAUGUUUAUACAAGUGGUUAAAGAUGAGAGUGAAGAAGGACCGUACAGAGUAUUAUACUCCAAUCAAUUUAACCUUAGCAGUCAAAUAAAUACAAAAUAUUUGCGAGCCCUACUUAGUACAUUAUAUUGUCAUCACCUCACGAUAGGAUUGAAUGUAAAAAUGAAUGAUUUGAUUGCAUAUACGUCUAUCUCUAAUGUAUUUGGAGUUUGUGAUGAUGAUGUUGCAGUUGUCAAAAUUUUAUUGAUAAGGCUUAUUGCUUCGUCUAGUACAGCGAUGCUAUUAAGACCACGAAGAGUGAAAACGUUCAAGAAAUGCCAUAAACCUGUAUCCUUUUUAGCGGAUAUUGUCGACAAACUUAAAGUAAUUCAUGAGAAUUGGAUAGUACAUGGUGACCUCAGAUGUAGGGAAGGAAUGGUACAGAAAUGGACCAAGAAUGCCACUUUUAUCUUUAAGCUGAUACGAUUAACAACCACCAGUACUUUUGACGGAAGAUGGAAACCACAAAUCUUUACAGAUUAUCGAGAUGAUUUAUUCACUUUUAUACAGUCAAUUUACAUUCAUUUAAAUAAGGAUUAUGCAUUACAAGCAUUACAAGCAUUUGGAAACAAUAUCGAAAACCCAAAUCAAGUUAUCUUGUUCUGGGAUAAAGUAUUUGUAGAUGAGUGGAGAAUUGCACGUGAUUACUACGAUAACCUGAAUUAUGAUGGUUUAAGAAAUUUUAUAGCUAAUCUCUAA